AAACUCAAGGAAUCGGUUUCAAUGGAUGAUCUUCCAUCUGUGAAGAUAAUUGAGAUAUGUAAAGUGGCUCCGCCGCCACCGGAGGCGUCAUGUGCGGCGGUUGUGCCAUCGUCUCUUCCUCUCACCUUCUUCGACAUGAUAUGGCUGAGGUUCCAUCCAGUCCAACGCCUUUUCUUCUACGAGUUACCGUCUAAUGAUAUAUCUUGUAUUGACGAAAUUGUUCCGAAGCUCAAAAAGUCUCUCGCUCUUACUCUUCGCCAUUAUCUUCCUCUGGCUGGUAACCUUGUCUGGCGUCCUCGGUCGGAGGUUCCAACCAUCAAGUUUGUCGACGGGGAUGGCGUUUCUCUGACGGUGGCUGAGUCGGGAGCUGACUUUUACCAACUUUCCGGCAAUGGGUUCCGUGAAGUUUCUGAAUUUCAUCCUCUUGUCCCCCAAUUGCCUGUUUCUCAUGAUCGUGCUGCAGUGAUUGCCGUUCAGGUCACCACAUUUCAAAACAAAGGGUUUUCCAUUGGAAUAACCAAUCACCAUGCAGUUAUAGAUGGAAGAAUGUCAACUUCAUUUAUCAAAUCAUGGGCUCAAAUUUGCAUGGACCAAUCAUCUGUUCCAAUCGCCAACCUAAUGCCAUUCUAUGACAGGUCGGUUAUUGAUGAUCCAAAAGGUCUUGCCAAAAUCUAUGCAAGCGCAUGGCUGAACCAAGAAGGACCCGACAACAGGAGCUUAAACCUUAAACUACCCAAAACUAAUCCUCGUUUAAUCCGAAGCACUUUUGAGUUCACACACCAAAACCUGCAGAAGCUAAAGCAAUGGGUUUUGAAGAAGAAUGAUGAGCAGAUGUCUUCAUUUGUAGUGGCAAUGGCUUAUCUUUGUGUAUGUACAGCCAAGUUGGAGGGUUUAAGCGAUGGAAAAUUGUUGUUCAUAUUUACUGCUGAUGUUAGAUCUCGUUUAAAGCCACCGGUGCCUUUGAAUUACUUUGGAAAUUGCGUGGUUGGUAGCUUUCUUUCCAUUGAAAGAGUUGAGCUUUUGGGUGAAAAUGGCAUAGCUUUGGCUUGUGAACAGAUCUCAAAAGCUACUAAAAAUUUAGGAGGAGCUUUAAAGGGAGAAGAAAAGUUGGGUAGACUUAUGAGUGAAGCGACCAAUGAUUAUUCCAAAAUACAAGCCAUUUCCCUUGCUGGGUCACCUAGAUUUGGAGUUUACAAUGCAGAUUUUGGGUGGGGAAAGCCAAUGAAGGUGGAAAUAGUGUCAGCUGAAUCACCAUCAAUGUUUACUUUGAGUGAUAGCAGAAAUAGCGAUGUGGGAAUGGAGAUUGGAGUGGUUAAAGAGAGAGAUCAAAUGGAAGCUUUUGCUGCUCUGUUUAAUGAAGGUUUUGAUGCUCUUUGAAA